AUGUUUCGUAUAAUGAAUAACUAUUAUAAACUUUUUAUUUUUAUUUUUGCUUUAUCACUUCUUUGUAUGUUAUGUAGUGGUUUAUCAUUAAUAAGAUUUGAUGAAGAUGAUGAUGACUAUUAUCAAAUUGAUCGUGUAAGAGCUGAAAGAUUAAGAGAUAUGCUAGAUUACCUUGAAAAAUCAUAUAAUUUGCGUGCAUUUUUGAGACAGACAAGAAAUCUUGCCAUCGGAAGAGGUGAUGGUUUCAGACCUGGACGUUAA